UCCUUCCCUGACCGAGCAGAAGGAAGGACGUGCUGCUGCUUGGCUUCGGGGCCUCCACGUGGCUGGCUGGGUACCCGAAUCAGAAGCCGGAGCAGGAGGCCCACGGGAGCGGAACGUCGGGGAGCAGUGCAGCGGCCCUUCGAGCGAGCAGCGGAUUGGAGCGGCUCGGCGGCCAGGGCCUCUGUAGCCCAGCCGCCUGUGGUAACGGGCUCUGGGGGGAUCACAGGAGAGGCUUUUAAGUCCUCCUCGGAACGGCCUUUGAUCUUCGGGCCUCUCCACACAAGGGCUUCUAGGCCCCGGCAGGCCCAAGCUGCCCAGCAUCGAGUGAGGGCAUCAGGCCGCCCCAGGCCCUCAGUAGGCCGCGCCAGGCCUUCAGCGGGGGGGCAAUUGACUAACCCGGUCAUCUGGGGGGAGGGUUGAUUGGACGUUGGGGGUGUUGGCUUGAACUGUGUGAACCCCUUCAACCCAGGGCCCAUUUAGGCCUUCUGCUAAGGGCGGCCUUUGUCUUUAUUGUCGGGCCUGUAGGGCCUAACCCCACACACACACCCAUUUUGGGAGCCUGCAUUGACUAGGCCUCCCUGGUGGGCUCGUGGGCCUCCCCUGCCGGGCCUAAGCUCCAUUUGGGGGCCUUUCAGUGGGGCUGGGCCUUACCACGGCUAGGGGGGGCAGGCGCUGUGACUCAUAGGCCUUCCUUGCCAGCGGAGGCCUCAGUCAGGCCUUGCGCUGGCCAGGUCACUCGUUUACGCACUUGAGGGCAGGGUACAGGCCCAUAAGCUUCAUCCUUUGGGACAUGGGCCCUAAGAAAGCCCCAGUUAAGAAAGCCCCAGUUAAAAAGGGUGGGAAGGCUCCAGCCAAGAAGGGUGGCAAGCCAACGCGGCCACCUAAGAGGCCAAACGCACCCGCCGAAUCCUCCUCCGACGAUGAGGGCGAUUUGGAACUGGGCGCCAUCAGGGCGUUUAUAGCACGGCUGCAGGCCCUUGAGAGGCAGCGCACCACUCUAGAGGGCGACGAGGCGGGCGGGGGGCCUUCGGGGGUGCCUCCACAUGCAAAAAAGUCAAACAGGGCGGAAAAGAAGGCAAAACUAAUGCAGGGCUUUGCUGACCGUCUAGCAGCUUUGGAGGCGGCGGCGGGAACUGCCCACGAGGAACCAGCGGGGAUCACGACACAACCGGCGGACUCAGGACCAGGAGACGGCAGGGACGACAAUGGGCCUCAGUCGGCUGGGCCGAGGGCGGCCAGGCAGCGCGCAAGAGUCCUCAUACUGGGCCAUUCCUUCAUUUUCUGGGCAUGCAAGUGGGCGCAGAGCGCCGACCCUGGAACCCAGCUUGGUUUGGGGCGUUGGGCCACUGUGGAGUGGCUUGGCCGGCGGGGCAUGCGGAGGGCCCAGUUCCUGCCGAUGCUGCACGAGUUCCUGGAAGGGAAUCCUGUCCCGGAUGUCCUGCUGCUGCAUUUUGGAGGCAACGACCUGGUGGACCAGUCUGGCAUUUCGCUCUCAAGACAGAUUGCCCAGGACCUGGUGGUCGCCCUCUCCUGGUGCCCGGGGCUGGUGGUCAUCUGGUCUGACAUCACUCAGCGGCGAGUCUGGAGGGGGGCGGUGAAGCAGAACAAGGUAGAUAGGGCUAGGCGCGGGGUGAACGCGGCCAUGGCGCGCUUCAUCGCCUCAAAGGGGGGUGGGUGCAUCCCACACAACGACAUCGCGUUCUCGCUCCCCCAGUUAUUCAGGGGUGAUGGGGUGCACUUGUCCCCCCUUGGUAUGAGGUAUUUCUUAGACGAUCUGCGGCUGGGGUUGGCAACAGUGCUGUUAGGCCUGUGGGGUGGCAGGGCGUCAAGCUAGGCUGACGCCCGCUGUGGCGGGCACAGUGCGGAGGUGAGCGGCUGAUGCGGUGCGGCACCUUAGAUAAGCUUUAGCUGUAAGGUGGAGGGGCAGAUCCCUUGAGGCUUUACAGAUCAGGGAUGCUGCCUUGCUCCCACCUCCCUGCAACCGACACCCUUCCGUAUGGCUUUACAGCGUCGGACAGGUGAUGUAAAUUGCAGGGUCCUGACCUUAGGUCGGCAACGAAGGGCGCCCCCUUCUGGAAGGUGGGCCGCCUGGAGCCGAGGUGUCUGUGCCAUGAGAUUCUAGGGCGGGGGUGGCCACGUGGUGCCCCCCCCAUCCGAGCCCGCACUGUUGCUGCUCUGAAUGCCAACCCCAGCUGCCGUGCCUGUGCAGGCAGUGUCUUAAAACCUUGUACCCCUAAUAAAGUGACCAGUUCCUCCAUAAUACUUCUGUGUCCGUGUCUCCUUGGGUCUGGGUGCAAGUACCUGCAAGAUGCAAAUAUGUAAAUUUAUAGUCCAAGGUUAACUGACCCAUUGGUUUAUAUGUCAAGGGUAUGCUGAAUUCAUUUGUCCAAUCAAUGUUAAAACAAAGAAAGGAACAAAUUUGAGGGGGUGUUGCUAAGACAAUUAUACAAGGGUGGGGCAGAAAGUCAGGAAUGGGAGAAGCAAGUGGAGGGGGGACAUGCAAGAAGAUUUCCGACUUAGAACAGCUAGUCCUUUUAAAAAAAAAGAUAAAAUCUCAAUUUAGUGUUUAUGACAAGAUUGUGCUACCUGUAUCCUGAGAAUGGCAUUUUGUUGCUGACUUCCAAGGUUGUCAAGAAAUUUUGUGAGAAUAAAUAUUCUUGAUUUUUA